AUGGGACAACUGAGCAAGUUGGUAGGGAAGCAACUCUCUUCUCUCGGUAGUCUUUCGGGGCAACCCUUAUCUCCUCAAGGACUGGUCACUUCUCCCAGAAUCAGAACACAGGAGAUUCAAGCAAGGGUUAUCACAGAAGUUCAGGAUGUUAUUGAUAUAAUUAAUGACCAGGAGAAGAAGAAUUUUCGCCUCGGGGUCCUAUUUUUAAUAGUUGCCAUAUCUACUUGGAUAGUUGGCCUUGAACUUGUGAAUUCGGUGUUGAAAGGAGACGAGUUCGGAAAGCCCUGGUUCCUUGCAUUCUUAACAGGUUCAUGCUUUAUGUUAAAUUUUGUUCCUGAAGUUUUUUUGUUCAUCAAAGGACUUCUCUCUACGAAGUCAGAAGAGAAUGCCCCGUUCUCACCAGAUUUAUCAGCGUCAGAUUUUGAACCAAGUCUGGAUUCAAACGUUGUGGUGACAGAGGCGCAUCCUUUUGAGAAACCCGACUCCGAAUUCAAUGCACCAAUUCCCUUGACUCGAAGAGAAAUAUUUGAGCUUUCAGGUUUCAUUGCUGUCAUAUACUACUCAUACAAUGUUUUGGUGAUGCUGGCACUUCAAUACACAUCUGCAUCAAAUCAGACUGUCUUGGGAUCUACCACAACCAUGUUCACUCUCUUUGUUGGAGUUUACUUGAAUGUGGACCGUUUCACUUUGAAGAAAGUUUUCUGUGUUGCUACAAGCUUAGCUGGCGUCAUCUUGAUCAAUGUGAGUGAAAAUCAGGUAGGUGAAAAUGAUGGUAAUAAAUUCAAACCCAAAAACCCUGCGCUUGGAAACUUUUUGGCUUUGUUGGGUGCUUUCUUUUACGCACUAUAUUUGCUCUUAAUGAAGGUAAAAUGUGGCACAGGUGAGAAAACCACCAACGAACGUCAUUUAUUUGGGUGGGUGGGAGUUUUUACCUUUAUUAUGGGAUUUCCAAUAUUAACGAUAGUUCAUCAUUUGGGAAUUGAAAAAUUCAUGCUCCCUCCUUCUUGGCAGAUUUUUGGGAUGGUGCUUAUCAAUUCCGUGUUUUCUGUGAUCUCGGAUUAUGUCACAAUCCUUGCAAUGUUACUCACCAGUCCCUUAGUUACAUCGUUAGCGUUGACAUCUUCUAUCCCCAUCACCAUUCUAGUUGAUUUCAUUAUUCUUCAUGUCACGGGAGGAGAUUCCGAUUCUUCCACCUCAAACUUAUUCCUCUACGGCUUUGGGGUACUUUCAAUUUUAGUAUCUGUUAGCUUGAUCAACAUAAACAUUACAACAGAGAACGAGCUUAUUGAGGAAGUUAUCGAGGAAACCUUCGAAGAUGCCAUUCGCCAAGAUGAGGUUCUUUCACCAGUUCUUUCUCCAUUUCUUGGUUCAACAAAUUCAACAGGCUUCAUUUCAUCUCCGAGAGUCCAUGAUGCUAUUGGUGUCAACAGACUUACUCCUUCUUCUUUAUUCAAAAGAAAAAGCAAGUAUGUUUCAUCUCCUCUAGUUCCUGCUCCCAUGAACCACGAUGAUUCCCAAUUCACUUUGAAUUCAAGCUCCAAUGAUGAAUUAACGCCAAUGCAGAACGCUAAUCAUCACCAUAACCUCUACACAAUAGACACUUCGUUGGAUGAAAAUGCUGUGGAACCUACCAAUGCCAACUUAAUUGUUUUUGGUGGUGUAAACCAUCACUACUACGUGAAGACAAUUGAACCAGAUACAUAA